UAAUGGCUUCUGUUGUUCCUCUUUUCCUUUCAUUUUACCUAUUGUUGCUGCUCCCAUGUCUUGUUGUUGCUCAAACUACUGGUAAUGUCAGCCUGGGCAUUCCAAUCAUUGCAAGUGAUAACGCAGAACCUUGGCUUUCUCCUUCCACUGACUUUGCAUUUGGAUUUCGCCAACUUGAGAAGAAGGAUCUUUUCUUACUUGCCAUAUGGUAUUACCAAAUUCCAGACCGUACCAUAGUUUGGUAUGCAAAUGGAGAUAAACCUGCUCCACGAGGAUCAAAGGUGGAGCUAACAGCUGAGCGCGGGCUGGUUCUCAGUAAUCCUCAAGAUGAAGUGAUAUGGAGAUCAAAUUGGGCCACUGGUGAAGUUGCCUAUGCUGUGAUGAAUGAUACAGGGAAUUUUGUUGUUUUUGACAGAAAUUCUCGACCAUUAUGGGAAAGCUUCAAGUAUCCUACUGACACAAUGUUACCAACUCAGAUAAUGGAGAUAGAUGGGUUGCUUACUUCUAGGCAAAAGGAGAACAACUUCUCACGAGGAAGGUUUCAGUUUCGCUUGCUUCAGGAUGGAAAUGCAGUUCUCAAUUCCAUAAAUUUGCCAUCCAACUACACUUAUGAUGCGUACUAUAUCAGCGGUACUUAUGAUCCAGGAAAUAGUUCAAAUUCUGGUUACCAAGUGAUCUUUGAUGAAGAUGGCUACUUGUACGUAAGGAGAAGAAACAACGUGACAUUUUUCCUCACCCCAGAAGAUAUUGUUCCUUCCAGGGACCAUUACCACAGAGCAACUCUUAAUUUCGAUGGGGUUUUCACCAUAUCUCAGCAUCCCAAGAAUUUUGAUGGCAACCAAAGCUGGGCUGUUAUCAGGACGUUUCCAGAUAAUAUCUGCAUCAGAAUGAAUGGGGCUAUGGGGAGCGGAGCUUGUGGGUUCAACAGUAUCUGCACACUAAAUAAUAAUAAAAGGCCAACAUGUGGAUGCCCAACAGGGUAUUCUAUACUUGAUCCGGAUGAUAACUAUGGCAGUUGCAAACCGGAUUUCCAGCAAGGAUGUGAGGCAGAUGGACAGAUUUCCCCAGAAGAUAUAUACAACUUAGAGGAGCUGCCAAGUACAGAUUGGCCACAAAAUGAUUAUGAGUUGCUGAAGCCUUGCAGUUUAGAGGACUGCAGAACAUCCUGUUUGAAUGAUUGUCUAUGUGUUGUCGCAGUGUUGAGAGGUGACGGUUGUUGGAAGAAGAAACUACCGCUUUCAAAUGGUAGACAGGACAGAGAAGUAAAUGGGAGGGCUUUCCUGAAAGUAAGAAAACCUGAAUUCACUCAUCAAAAUCCUCAACCUUCAUUUCCCUCCACGAAAAGGGAACAGGGUACAGUGAUAACUGUGGUGUCAGUGCUCUUUGGUGGUUCUGUGUUUGUCAACUUAAUAUUAGUUGGGCUGUUAUGUGUAGGAUUAUAUUUCUUCUAUCACAACAAGCUCACAAAAUUUCACCGCAAUGAAAAUGCCAUACAAAGCAGUUUGCGGCAUUUUACUUUCAUGGAGCUUGAGGAAGUAACAAAUGGAUUCAAAGAAGAAUUAGGAAGGGGAUCUUUUGGCAUAGUAUACAAAGGGCUAAUACAAAAUGAUCCUGCAGAUCCAACUGCAAUUGCAGUUAAGAAGUUAGACGGAGUUGUUCAGGACAGGGACAAGGAAUUCAAAACUGAAGUGAGUGUGAUUGCUCAAACACAUCACAGGAAUCUUGUCAAAUUACUUGGAUAUUGCCAUGAGGGGCAAAACCGAAUGCUGGUAUAUGAGUACUUAAGCAAUGGCACUUUAGCAAGCUUCCUCUUUGGGGAUCUAAAACCCAGUUGGAAUCAGAGGACGCAGAUCGCCUUGGGAAUUGCAAGAGGACUAUUUUACUUGCAUGAAGAAUGCAGCCCCCAAAUCAUCCAUUGUGACAUAAAGCCGCAAAACAUACUUCUUGAUGAUUACUAUGAUGCUAGGAUUUCUGACUUUGGAUUAGCAAAGCUUUUAAGGAUUGAUCAAUCCCAUACUAAUACUGCUAUUAGGGGAACAAAAGGGUAUGUAGCACCUGAAUGGUUCAAGACCGUGCCAGUAACUACGAAGGUCGAUGUGUACAGCUUUGGUGUCUUGCUGCUAGAAAUAAUUUGUUGUAGAAGAAGUGUAGAGAUGGAGAUUGGAGUAGAGAAAGCAAUUUUGACAGAUUGGGCCUGUGAUUGCCUUCGUGAAGGCAAUCUAGAUGCUCUGGUGGACUAUGAUGUGGAGGCCUUAAAUGACAGGAAGAAGCUGGAGAGAUUUGUGAUGGUUGCAAUUUGGUGCAUUCAAGAAGACUUGUCUCUCAGACCCACAAUCAAGAAAGCUAUGCUGAUGCUUGAAGGAAUAGUUCAAGUUUCUGCUCCUCCAUGCCCAUGUCCAUUUAAUUCCAUUAGCUGAAUUUCUUACUGCUAUUUUGUGCCUCGCUUCAUUUACAAUAAUCGACUAAGUAAUUCACUUGUUAGUCUUAUCAUUUGGUCAUUUAAAGUGAUUUUUUUGUAUGUUAUUACAUUGAUAUGGGUUUAAUUUAUUUCACAUGUAAGUCUUUAGAGCCUCCUUGCUUGAUAUUAAGCAACAAAUUGCAGAUUUAUGAAGUAUGAUUCUGUAUAUUAAACACCGUUUUUUA